AUGCCGAGCACCAAGAGCGAAAAGCGCCAUUUCUCUAGCAACUCCAGCUCCUCACGACAUGCCAACUCCUCCAAAGACUUCCCUCAGAAAAUCAAGAACUUCUUCCGAAUAAACAGCUCCAGUAGCAAUGUUAAUGCCGGUAUCAACAACGAUGGCGCUGCUCCCUUACCAAAGCCAGAAAAGUCAACAUUCAGGCAAUCCCGCUUCUUGGGCCUUACCCGACACCGAUCACAGACGAUAGCAAGUGAGGGUGAUCCGUUAGAAAACCAUAUGUCACCCACAGCAAAUGCCAAUCCAUACUUUGCCCACCAAGGUCCUCCAGCCCUCCGGCAUCACAACGACAGCAGUGUCCCUCCCUCUCCCCCAGAUUCGCCUAGAGUGACAAAGGUGGAAGCCGUGAGUGGCGCAAAUGAUCAAGCUACUGCAGCAGGAAAGGAAGAGUUGGCGAGAAAGUUGCGAAGGAUAGCGUCAGCGCCCAAUGUCCAAGGAUUGUUGGGAGGGUCGAAGAAUGACGAGCGGCCGUCCACGGCAGAGAUUGGCAAAGAACCUUUGGCGCAGAAUGCUAGAGAUGCAUCACUGAGCUUAGUUGACCACAACAAGGGCCAUUUGUUGCCUGUACCCGAUCCAGACGGUAGUCUGGAUCCUCCGCCGUUCCGCAAUUCGUUAGCAUUUCGAAGAACAUACAGCUCCAAUUCGAUAAAAGUAAGGGAAGUCGAGGUUGGGCCUGGAAGCUUUGACAAGAUCAAAUUGAUAGGAAAGGGGGACGUGGGCAAAGUAUAUUUGGUAAGGGAAAAGCGAUCGAGUCGGUUAUAUGCUAUGAAAGGAUACAGUCUUGAGCAAGAAAGAGAUGAUCAAGAGAAACAAAAUAAAACGAGCAUUGGCAGAACAGGAGAUCCUUGCGACGAGCAAUCAUCCGUUCAUUCAUUGCAAACACGUCCUGGUAAAUGCGUACCGGAAGACGACGCCCGCUUUUAUGCAGGAGAAGUGAUCGCAGCGCUCGAAUACCUCCAUCUCAUGGGUUUCAUCUACCGAGACCUGAAACCAGAAAAUUUCGACCUCUCAAAACAAUCAGGGCCCGGCGGUGCCCCUACAAUGAUCGUCGGGCGAAACGGCGCCAUGGCAGGCAAUGGAGCUCCUAUAAUAGACACAAAGUCCUGUAUCGCAGAUUUUCGUACCAACUCGUUUGUCGGAACAGAAGAAUACAUAGCACCAGAGGUGAUAAAAGGCUGCGGCCAUACAAGUGCGGUGGACUGGUGGACCCUGGGCAUAUUGGUGUACGAAAUGCUGUACGGCACAACGCCCUUCAAGGGAAAGAACAGGAACCAGACAUUCGCCAACAUAUUGCGAGACGAUGUGCCAUUCCCCGAACAUGGCGGCGCGCCGCAAAUAUCGAAGUAA